GAGCUAUUCACUUUCUCUCUGCUGAAAGAAACACGCAUUAAUGGAAUCAUGGCGCAAUUCCUUUGAGCUUCCCGUGAUCGUUGACCUCCUAAGAUGGAUGAACCUCCGCGGGAGAUGUGAUGUGUCUACCAUCGAACAAUUAAGCAAAAAUCCCUGCCCCGAUAUAUAAGGCGGCGGAGAAUCCACUCGUCCACAUUCGUUAGGCGAGGCAAGAUCUGUCACAGCAACAAAAACCCAAAAUAUCUUAGAUACACGAUGAUCUCCACCUACUCCGUCCUGUUUGCCCUGGUGCUGUUCUCGGAGCUGAGCAGCCACUUGGUAGCUGAAGCCUUACCCGCAACCAAAGUAGAAGAUGCAAUGGAACAGGAGAGCCUCACUUCACUACUGGGGGACGAAGUCUUGACUGAGCAUGCCAUGGUUUCACCCGUGUACAGACAAAGUUUCAUGAUGGACAACAGGGAUGAAGAUGGAAACCCGAACGUCAUUGUUUUCUCGGACAUGAGGCAGAAAGGACACCGCAUCCGUGGCCGCUUGAACCCGUCCUUCGCCCAGAGCUUCCCUCAGCUCACAGACCGGAAGUUGAGCCACAAUCCACCCGAGUACACUUUGAAAAUGGAUCGCAGAGACACCGACCUCAACAUGUUGCGGUGUAUGAUCGGCAGAGUGUACCGACCCUGCUGGGCAAGUAACGAGAACCUCUGAAAACCUCUGUGCUGGGAAAUCACUUCUCUUCUCUUUUUGUUUGUGGCCAUGAAAUGAGUUUCCUUGUAAGAAAAUAACGGUGCACAAAAAUGUAAA